AUGCCGCAGGUCACUGCAUUUGUCGUCAUUGCCUGGUUAUUGAUCCGGAUCAGUGCCACAACUAGUGUGGUACCAACCUAUAAUUUUCCCACUAAUUGCAAUGCGAGUUGCCAGCGGAGUAUCGAAGAAGCCCUAGCAGUGGAUCGGGCAGGUUGGGUAAAUCCCAAUGUAUCAACGGACCCUUUCUACACAAACCCGACGAACCUUUCCGAUUAUGCUGCGGGUGAAAUCAUCAGAUGGGAGGAUGUACCCAGCAAGGCAUUCACGACCAUUGACUAUGAGACGCCUCCCGCGACCACUUUGUCGCGGUUCCUCUACAUGACGGAAGACAUCGACGGCAACCCUAUUCCAGCAAGUGGGUUCUUAUUACUACCGUUCACGAAUCAAGAUGGUAAAUCAAAGCCCCUUCGGACAGUCGUGUGGACCCACGGAACUGCAGGAAUCACCCGUCAAUGUGCACCGUCGAAUAAUAAAAAGCUAUACUACGAAUGGGAGGGCCCUUUCGCGUUGGUACAACAGGGAUACGCGGUCAUCGCACCUGAUUACGCCGGGCAGGGCAGUGAUAUCCCCAUGGGCUUUAUGUAUGAGUCUGGUGCGAUGCACGCUAAGGAUGUGAGCUUUGCUCUCAAAGCUGUGCGGUCAAUGCUACAGGAUCGGAUCACCCAUGAAUGGGUAGUGGUUGGUCAUAGCGAGGGUGGUAUGACUGCAUGGCGCGUCAAUGAACGAGAAAGAUACAAUGCAACUGGAGGCUUUCUAGGCGCAGUUUCAGGUGCUCCGGCGCUUCGUCCACUUUCCCUUAUUCCGCAAUCAUGGCGUCUCGCUGGCGACGGGCCCGUCCACGAUGUUGUAUCAAUAUUCGUCUUGCAAUCCAUUUCCCGAUUGUAUGAAUUGGUAAAACUUGAGGACUACAUCAGCGAUAUUGUUGCAAGCCGAAUUCCACUUGCUCAACAGGGAUGUCUGGCAGCGGGUGGAGUAGUCUAUGGGAACCUAACACUGCCCGAGCUUUACAAGAAUACCAGUUGGAUUGAACACCCUGACGUUGUGGACUGGCAAAAGCGCUUUAACGGAGCGGGUCCUUAUGAAUUGGCGGCUCCUAUGCUGGUCCUCCAGGGUACGGGCGAUGAACUGGUCUAUGCGAACUUGACUGAGUGGGACUAUGAUCAGACGUGCAAGACAUUCCCUCAUAGUAUGAUGCAACUGUAUAUGUAUCCCGAGCUUAACCACGACUUUGCUUUCAUUGCUGGUCAGGCGCAGUAUCUACCGUGGGUCAAGGACAGAUUUGAACAUGUAUCGCUUACUCAAGCAUGUAACAAGACUACAGUUGGACUAUCUGGGCCGGCUUAA